CGCAUACAUACUUAUUUAUAUCCCAUGCUUUCCUAUACACUUUUAUUUCCAUUCACACUUAUGUGUGUUAAUAAUGUCAUUAUACUGACAUUUAUACUUAAAUAUAGACAAUUUUAUAACUGUACUUAUACCUUCGUACUUAUACCAGGUACUUUUACUUCAACUUAUAUUUAUAUUAACACUUUUACUUGUGGCUAUAAUUACGCAUGCGCAUGUAUUGCUGAAAAUGUUCACAUUUAGUAGUGGGAAAAGUACAGCGCGGCGCGGCGCGGCGCAGAGCAAGCGAGCUAGAUGUGAAAGCCAUUAAAAAUAUUUAAACAGGAGUAUAUUAGUAUGUGUAUAAAUAAAAUAACGUUAAUUUUAACCGCCGAUUCUUGAGUACAUAAGUAAUAAAACUUUUCAAUAAUAAAUAAAAUGAAAAGCGAUUUUAAUUUCUAACUCAUAAACAAUUACAUAUAUGCAUGUUUUUGUUCAUAUUGCAGAUAGUGCAAAUGCAAAUUCACUCGGUGGCCUGUCUUCUCCCAUCCUCAAAAAUUGGUUUGUUUGUUGAGUUCCGGUCUUAAAUUACUAAGAAAAUCGAUUCACUAAUGUGCUCGCAUUUUCGCGAAAAUCUAUAAACUAUCAUUCAUCUUUAGUGUUAUUUAUGUAAUAAUAUAUUACGAUUUGAAUGUUAAUCAAAUUAAAAAUUAUAAACAGGCAAUCAGUUUUAUUUUUUUUUUUUUUAUAUGUGUCCUUAUCUCAAAGCUAUGCUUUUUAACGAUUCUUAUCUAUGCGCUUAGUUAAGAUAAAAGCGUAAAUAUGAACGAAAUAAAGGACUCACUAUAUACACAAACACACUUUCUCUUUUGUUGCGAUAAAACAAUUCUACAGCACUAUGGAUCCAACUCGACAUCACGAUUUUAUGGGCAGCAAUGACAACCGUUCUCGGACAGCUUAUUAUGGCCGAGAGAUACCAAACAUGACAGCACAUAGCCAAUAUUAUGCGAAUAACACUAGAGCAAUCAAUAGCAGUAACAGUAAUACACGCAAGCAGUCUUGUGUUUGUAGCGGUAGCAAUAUUAUCUGCAAUGUUUGUCGUAGCAACACAGCUGAUGAUAACUGGGGGACAACGACAACACUUGUAAAUGAACAUACUCAGAGAGAAGAUUAUUGCGUAGCACAAGAGCCGCCAUUGGCUCCGCCAGCUCGUACAACGUUGCGGCAAAGUCCAAUGUUUCUACAACAGCCACAUGGGCUGCAAAUCUUACAAACACAACCUUCCAGCAUGGUUAACAGUGAUGGCAAUAACACAAGUGGUGGUAAUAGAGUACCGUACUGGUCACAUAAUUCAACAACUGCUGCAGCUGCACCAUUUGCGGAUGAUCAUCAUCGUUUGAGAGCACAGCCCCAAAUUGAUAUUACUAUGAAUCGGAGAUCCACUGUAGUGGACAGUGCAUUUGGGCAAAGUUAUAAGCCACCACCGCCAUCUCCAAUACCACAGUCAAGUCAAACUAGCUCUCUACCAUCAACGCACUCUGUACCUUAUCACCAGCCACCGCCAACAUUGCUCACGAAUGCGCCCGCAAGCGUACAACCCCGCGUUGGAACGAUUGGCGUAACCUCCGUGGCCAACGUAAACAGUAACUUAUAUUCUUCUGUCAAUAAGGAACGCAUUUAUGAACAACCGAAAUACUCCUCGAAUGCAAAGGUUUCAUACAACCCUAGCGCUUCCGCCGCCACCGCCCCACUUUAUGAUAAUCACCAACAUCCGCCCCAAUAUCAUCAUCAUCUCCACCACGAACAAAAUCAUUUAAACACUGCUCUACCUGCAGGCAGAACUCUUCCUAUCGAUCACCAUGUAAUUAAUCCUAGCAAUUUACCUGCUUCCAAGGAUCAACAUCCAAGUCCAAACUACGCUAGAAAAUGUCCGCAAAUUUUUUCGCCUGAAGAUCAAAAUACACCUCACCAUCAUUUAUAUAUGUCAACGCCGCAAUUUAGUUCCGACAAAUUUACCAGAGGCUCCCCUCAGCAAGCAGAAUACGCCAAACUAAGAGAAAGUCCUUUACAUAUACAACCCACUAGUGGGAACUCUUUUAUAGUACAACAACAUUCGGAUAAAUAUAGCAAUCCACCACAAAGAGAAUCACCGCAAUACACUUUACAAUCGACGUCAUCAAUGACUUCGGCGACGUCUUACUCAAGGACAAAUCCAGUCAAUUAUUAUCCUGCUGCAAGUCAAUCUACCUCUAAAAUACAUCCGCCAGAAAUGUCUCCCGUUAUAAAUAAGCAAACACACCUGCAUUAUCCGUACUCUAAAGCUUCCUUAGCACCGCCUCCUCCCCACAUGCAACAGCAGUCUUCCGUGCUUGGUGCGAAAACGCAGGCAUCAGUGCUAUUGGCUCCUCCAUCAGCCAGCGCUCAAAAUACUAUAGUUGAGUAUGUCAAAAGAGAAGAAAUUGAAACUUAUACAAGUCAUCCGCAAACUGUGCAAUCAGCACGUAAUAUUUAUGUUAAUCCAUAUAAUACACCUCCACCUACUACAGAUAGCUAUUGCAAAGAUACCUCCUCUCUCUCAAAUUCCUCAUCACCAUAUACUGCAGGUUCGACCACUCCCAAUUAUCGAGUAGAAUCGCCGCAUUGUUAUCCCACCAAAUAUGCUAAGUUGUCGACACCGGACACGGUAACUUCGGGUAAACAUGGUUUAAUUAAUCAAAACACUCCUCCGCCGAGUAGAGCACCAAGCCAGCGCAGUCAGCAACAAACAGGAUAUUAUUACGAUAGUAACUUUCAUAGCGCUCCAUCCCCGGCUGUUGCUACAGCGGCUUCUCCUUCACCUUCUUCUCUUCUCUCAACAACAUCACAAACGCAAUUGCAGCACAAUGACUACAUGACCUCCCAAACUGGACCUCCACCACCGCAAUCGGCUAUACAUCAGCAUAAUGUUUUGCCUCCUUAUGCACAAACACCGCCACAUCAAACAUCUGCUACGCUAAGAAAUCAUGAGAUUAUUGUAAGUCCGCAACAUCAGAAUUAUGAAAGAUCUAUUCAUUUACAACAGCAUCAGCCUAUUACCGCGAAAACAACUAUAUCAUCCGCAAACGUAAUCGGAGCUCUUCCAAAAUCUCAAAGCAAACAAAAAAAACCAAAUUAUCGGGAGCUUAUUAACCGUACCCUUGCCAUAAGAAAUGCUACUUCUGAAGAUGAACUCAAUAUGAAGAUUAUCAAAAAAGCUCUCAAUGUCGAUGCUUUACGAAAUUCCCCCGCGGUAUCCAUGAAUCCCCCUAGUAGAGUUCCUAUUAUACCUGCGUCUGGUCCACAUUUGACACAUUCUUCAGCUGACGAUAGAGUUUCGGUACAUCGUGGUGAACCUCUGAGACAUGAUUUGUCACCCGUUAAACCUUUAACAUCACUCGUAAUGCUUCCACACAGCGUUGCAGCGUCUGGAAUGGUAGGAAUUCCUGAAACAAGUCGAGGUAUUAUAAUUAAACAGGAAGAUGAAAAGGCAAUACCAUCGUCAACUUCUUCCUCUCCUUUGGAUCUCUCAAUGCGCACUGUAAAAACAAAGGCUGAUUCCACAGAAUACAAAUACCAACAACAACAACACCAACAAUCAAAUCGUACAGUAGCGAGCAGUUCUUCUUCCAGCCAUGUAGAUAGUCACUACACAUUGCCCCGCGUCGAUUUCACUCCAAAUUUUUCAUUGCAUGCAAUGGAACCGUCAACCUCAAACGGCCCUGUACCACCUUCAUCUAGAGUAAAUUCAUAUGAUCGGCAUAAUUACACACCGCCCAAACAUCCGCCAAUUCCGAUUACACUUAACUAUCCUCAAUCAGAAUCGAUUGUUUCCCAUCACAUUCCUCCUGCGAUGUCUUAUUCUACUCCAGCGUCCAGGUCUUUACCUGUUGACUGCAACGCAGAUCAUAAUAAAUCUUUGAUGAGCUCUGAAAGUUCACUGGUCAUUAAAACUGCUUCAAAACCCGCGGCGCACGCUGAUAGGUAUGCUCCCCCUAGCACUCAAAAUCGACCAAUUAUUUUGGAAACUAAUCCUUACACAAGUGUUAUUAAAACAGAACCUAAUUCUUCAGACAGACACACAUUAACUGCUGUGGAAAGAUUACCACCAGACACUAGUAUUAUGGCCCUGCCACCUAGAACGUCUUGUUCUGGAAUUGCAAAAACGCUUUACCCACAAGCUGCACAGAUCUCUCCCUCAUCAAAUUCAAGCUGUCAACCAUCUGCAUACACGCUAGCCUGUGAAAAAAAUCCAAAUUUUUUGGGUCGCAAACGUCAUCUGCAAGAAUAUACUCAAAGAAUGGAACCUCUACAAAAACAAAGCCGCCAUAUAGAAUCCCCAAUUAAAACACAAGUUCCUAUGCGUCCAGCAGAUAUUUCGGUAAUAGCAGUAAAUGAACGCAACUGUCAUGAUGCGGAAAGUUUAUCACAAACAGCAGCUGAAAAAUCUAUACAAGCAGAAAUUGUAUCUGUGGCUCCGAUAAGUACAACACCUACCAUUUCAAGGCCAACCGUUAAAGCAAAUAGCGGAAAUUACAAACCAGUUGAUAUUUGCAAACAGCAACCUUUGACUUCGACGGUGGAGUGUACGGUAGCAACCAACAAGGUAGAAAUUGCUCCCAGCGUGCAACAAUCAUCUUCCCGUAUACGCACUAAAGCGGAACUAAAAGGUUUUACAUUCAAUCCACCAAUACCUAGCACUCCUUCCGCAGUCAUCUCACCACCUAUUGUGGAUAAACACGAGGAGGUAACAAUAAAGAUUGAACAAGAUGCAUCAAUUGUAGCCGUACCCAAUAUUGAUUCACCGCCUAUACCGGGAUUGAAUGAUCAAUUCAAUGAAAGCAGUCUUCUUGGAUGGAAUAACACCUGUAAUAAUUUUAUGGAGCAACUACAAACCCGUUCCACUAUUAGCAAGAAACGUACAUUGGCAAUUAAUAACAACAAGAAGCCCUUAGACGAAGUGGAGCCAGCAAUUUCCAAUGCAAAUACUAAUUUAAUGAAAGGAUCAGAAGAUGGUAAUUACUCGAAUAUAGAAUCAGCCGACAAUACUCACAGCUCGUUUCUGCGAUUUGAAGGUGCGGACUCUAGUAUGACUUUCAGAUCGUUAGCGUUUGAAUCUCAAAACUCACAAACUUCCCCAACUCUACCCAAAAAAAUUAAUAAGUCUGAACGCGAAAAGAAACGUUUACAGCAAGAAAAGCGUAUAGCGGAACGUUUAAAGGCUAAAGAUACUACUUCAGAGUCAGAAGAUGAGCUGGAUAAAAGGAAAACCGAAAGGUUAAAGAAACCAACGCUGAAAAGUAAAUUACGAGAAAAAAGUAAUAGAAACACAAGCAACAAUAGUAGUAAUUCCAGUUCGAUGGCAGAUAAGAAUCAUUUUUCAGAUUGUGGAUCAGAUUCCACAACCGAAACAGAUGCGGAAAAGCUCUCUGAAAGUUCGAAACUUGACAAUAAAACGACUAAAGAAUCAAAGAAGAGACGGGAAAGAAAUUCGCAGAAUAUUCAAAGAAAAGGCUUUAAAAUACUAAACGAUAACAUAGAGAAACAAGAGGAAAGUGGGGAAGAUUCCUCAAAAAAAUCGACAGCUACUCCCAUUAAAAAAGAUGUUAAAAAAGAUAGCAUUGGAAAUGAAAACGUUAGCAAGAACCAAGGCAGCAGUGAGAACAGUAGCAGCGAAGAAAGGGAAGAUAAGAAGUCCAGUAAACAAGAUGGGGAUGAGAAAACCAAAAUCAAGUCAAAAUUUAUAAAAAGCAAUUUAAACACGAUGACACGUUCUAAGCGAAAGAAAGAGCUAGAAAUGCAGUUGGCCAACAGCAAAGUUUUACGCAAUGACAAAAUUAUACGUAAUUCUACUACAAAAAUUAAGCGAAAAUAUGUAAAAAAAUAUACAAAUAAUGUUACGAAUAUAGUAGAUGCCGGAGGCUUGAGUCGGGAAGCGGGCAUCAUGAAGUCCACUCGCCUAAAGGCUAAGUUGGAAAAAAAUGGCAGCAACCUAAACAUUUUUAAAACGAAAGAGCAAUUGAACUCGCAAAAGACUUGGAACGACAAAGACUUAAAGCAUAAGUCUCCAAAUUCUAAGUGUAGUGAUCAACGCUCAAACGAUAUGUUGAUGGAAGUUUAUCGUUUUAAAAGAGCCUUAAAAGUACCGCCAAGUUUAAUAUCCAUAAAACACCCGGGAAAUCAUAAAAUUUCUGCUUCUCUACCUGAUUUAGAGCGAAACGUUGAUGUCCCAAAUAAUUGCGUUAAGAAGAGCAAAAAUUCUGAACGUAAAUCUGGUGUAGAAAAAAAUUCACUGACAAUGGUUAAAAAAGCAGCAACUUCCGCUAAGAUAGAGAAGGAAGAAGAGCAUUUAUCGUUUAUAGAUAUGUUACACUCGCGUGUUACUAAAUCUACGGCAUCUGCGGUGCAUGGAAAUAAGUCAAAUACUACCAUAACGUCAGCAAAACCUUCUAGAAACAUUAGUACGUUUAGGUCAUCAAAUUCUGCGAAUAAUUGUAGCAUGUUUAGCGAGACAUCACAAACUACUGAGUCUAGUGAACUGCAGAUGCUACCAGCAUUGAAAAAGGAUUCCGAUGAAGACGAUGACGAUGACAAUGAAUCCCAAAGUGGUAAAAAGCGUCAUUUUAGUAUUUUCGAAACCAAGGUGUUGCCAACUAAAACACGUACAGAAUCUAAAAUGCAACAAAAACGCGAAAAUAUACGUGAAAUAUUUGUAGGUGACGAUAGACCUGCCUCAGCGCCGCCUGAAAUGGUACAAUCAAAUGAAGCCGGAGGUGAACGCAUGACAUAUGAACAAAAAUAUGAACAAUUUUUGCAACAGAUGAACAUUGUGAUAAAUGAAGAUAAGUUAGGGAGAUUUAAUCGAACGGCUCGAAAACUGGCGCCGCCAAAACAAGCAGCCAUCUAUGCAAAACCUGAAGAAGAUACUGAAAGCUGUGGCUUGAUGGAUGCUGACGACGUUAACAGUGUAGGUGGUAGUAGUGUUAGUAAAGAUGGCGUUAAAAUCGAUUUACUUCACGACUCUUCCCGAAGCCAUACAUAUCGGAAACGACGUGGCAAAUAUUUGAGACGAAAAGGAAGUUCUGGUUUUGAUUAUAUACGUAAAAAGAAAAAACCAACUACUGGGGCUAGCGUUAAUAAUAAUUCAACGCCAAAUUGUUCUACAAUUGUUUCAACAAAUCUAUCAAACUCGUUGAGGUACGAAAAAAUUGACAACGACGAGGAUGAAUCAAAAGUGAAAACCGAAGACGAUGUUAGCCGAGAGAUACAGAAAUGGGUUCUGAAUAAGGGUGUCGGUCAGAGUACAAUGCAUAAAGCAGCCCGCCAAGGAUAUAUUGACGUAAUUGUUUACUGCUUGGAUCGCAUAGGUAUGAACCCGGAUCAAAAAGACAAUGCCGGCUAUACACCAUUACAUGAGGCCUGCACUAAUGGUUGGCUGGAUAUAGCACGCGUCCUUCUACAAUAUGGUGCUAAUCAUUCAGAGGCGGCACAUUCCGGUAUAAGACCCUUACACGAGGCUAGUGACAACGAUCAUGAAGAAAUUGUACGCCUGCUCUUAGCCUACGGGGCAGAUCCUUUAUUGGCUACUUAUUCAGGUCAAACGCCAUUAAUGUUAGCUUCAAGCACAACGAUGCGUGAUAUUUUAAGAAAUCAUUUAAUUGAUGUACAAGCAACUACAGGGCCCGAACGUACACCUUGGAAAUUUUUGGGCCCUUGGCAGAUAUUUGAUCUAAGUAUAUGCGGCUACGAUGUGUUCGAGGGUGCUCCCGUAUCUACUUGUGAUAUGAAUCGAGCUCUUUUACGUAGAAGUUCAUUCAAUACCACUCAGAUGACAUUGAAUAAAAAUCAAAAGCAACAGAACCAAGUAAACAAUAUAAGUUCAUCCCAUUCGACUUCAAGCAAAAGUGAAGUUAACGUCUCUACUGCUACUACAAGUAAUAAUAAUGACAACAAUUUGCUUGUGGACAAUGGUGCCAGUGGUUGCGGCAAUUUACAAAUCCAGCAGCAGCACGGGGAAUCCAACUUAAAUCCGAUUAUGGAUAAGUGUGCCGUUGUACUUGACAAUUUUGAUCGUUUCAACUCCUUACGUCUAUUUAACAAUAAUAAGCCGGAGAUAUUAGUGGAAAAUUCUGAUAGCGAAGGUGAGAUGUUUGAAUUUGAGGAAGCUGAUGUUCUGCUACCACCUUUAUAUCUACUAAAGGAUGAAGGCGUCACCGAAAAAUGGGUUUUGCUAAGCGAUUUGUGCAAUUUAUUAAAAGUCAAAUCCAAGGACACAUUGUUAAAUAAGAUAUAUCCGUCGUCAUCGUCAGUAAGUCCCGCCAAAAAUCUAAUGCGUGAACUGAAAAUGUCAGAUUUCCUGGAAAAGGCGACAUGCUUACAACUCCUAUGCGCCGGUGAAAAAUUGAACAUCUGUGCUUCAAAGGUUGUGCUUAUUAAAUACAACGAGAAUGUACGAAAUUUAUUAGGAGUUAAUACAAUUUUAAUGAAAUUUUAAUAAUGGCUUCAAAAUGCAACAACGUUAAGGAAAUUGCACUUUAAAUAUAAAUAGAAAUAAUAAUUAUCAUAAAAAUUGUACAAUUGAUCUAUGUAUGUAUUAUAGAUUUAUUAGAAUAAGAUAAAUUAUUGCUAGAAAUACUAACUGUUUAACGUUUAAAAAAAGGAACAGCUAAGUGAAUGUUAGGAAAUAAGUUAGAAAUAAUGCAACAACAGAAGAUACACUUUAAAAAAACAAUCAGAACAAAUGGGUGCAUAUAUUUUUAGAUUUAUUACAAAAAAUAAUAAAGAUAUGAUAU